ACUGCUUGAAUUGGUGUUUCCUAACCUUAUCAUUUAAAUUGAUGCAGUUGUUAAAAGUGUCUAAAUAUUUAUAUAUUGGUUUGUAGUAUAAAUGUUUAAUUAGUACAACUCUCACAAUGGAAGAAAAAUCUAGCUAUCUUAAAGAAAAUAAGGAUAACAAUACUGACAUAGAAUCGAAAGCAAUAUUAAAGAGAAAACUUCAGAUGAAAUCUGAAGCACUCAUGUUACUAAGUCAGGAGUUGGAUCAAUGUAGAAUACAACGAGAUCAAUUUAAAUUAAUGGCUGAACAAAUUCAGGAGAGAUUUUUGCAUUUAAAGAAACAGAUGUGUGAUACAAAAGAAUUGAAUAGAUGCUAUAAUUUAGAUGACGACUUUAGAACUUUAGAUCUGUUAACAGAAGCACGAGAGCAGAAUAAAUGUCUCAGGCUACAAGUGGAAACACUAAGACAAAAGCUAGGGGAUGCUGAGGGUGAUAUCAAGGCAUUACGUAUGAAUAACAAUCGUGUGUCGGUUGAGCAACAAGAUACACAACUUGCACCCUCUAUGCAUCAAAGGGAGGAAAUGAUAGAACAAUUAGAGAAAUUAAAUUUAAAGUGUUCACAACUGCAAACAGAUCUGCAAACAGUUUUAGAUGAGAAGCAUGAGUUAGAAAUGGAAAGAGAUGCCUUCAAAUGUAAGGCACAUCGUUUAAAUCAUGAGCUAUCUAAGGCUUUAAAUGCCUCCAAGCCAGUCGAUUUGGACGCUCUUAUCAAUGAAAACAGGUAUUUGCAAGAAAGAUUACAACAAUUGCUUGAGGAGAAGGAACUCACACGCCAGUCCUUGUCAAAGUACAAGAGCAUGUUGGAUAGCAAACGGACCAAAGGGGCUAUUAAAUUGGGAGCGAAUUCUGCAGUUGGUACAGUAAUGACUCACAAGCAAGUCGAACAACUUCUUCAAGAAAGUUCUUAUAUACCACCUCAGAAGUCCGCCGCUGCUGUUACCGACCUGCGAUGUCUUUGCACAGCUUUGUUGGAGGCCUUGAACGACAAAACUUUAGCUCUGGCGCACCAGAAGAAAGCAAACAAGAUAUUGGCAUUGAGAAUCUGUGAAUUGGAUAGUGCGGUGCAGUCACCGACUAUGAAACUUCUAGAGGGCUACACAAGCGCCAAUGUCGAUUUGAGAUGCGAUGAAUUUAACGAUUUAGACCACACGAAUAAUUGCAGCGUGGAUAGCAUCGAAGAGACAAACAUUAUAACGAACGAGAGUAAUAUGCAGUGUAGCUCUUCACCUGAGAAUCAGGUUAUGCAACAGUUGCAGUCGAUACAAAUGAGUCUUCCAAAGAACUUGGGCAUGUUGGUCCAGAAAGCGUUGAACAACCUGAAGGACAACGACAAACAGAAGAUAUGAAGUCGAAGUUACACGGUAUAGAAAGAUAUACGUGCCUCCACACGUACAUAUACGUGUGCAUAAAUCGUGUCUCUGUAAACGGAGAAAUUGAAAUAUUCUAAUGAAAGAUUCGUCAUCUGGCUUCAUUCGGUACUAGUCAAGCGUGAAUCUAGUUGGUUCCGCACGGUAUCGCACUCGUUGGAAAACGUUGAACUCGAUGUGACGAUUGAUUCGUUGUUCUUGAUGUGACGUGAAAACGCUACUUAAUAUUUUUAUCGAAUUAGCAGUCAAUUCAGCGAUCUCAAGAGAUUUUGAUAGAUACGGGUUUUCACGAAGCGGAGGAGUUGUGUUUUUCUUACACGAUGUCGAUUAUAACUGUUGAUUUGACAUAUCAUUUAUGUGUAGGACAUAGCUAUAGUAUCCUAAUAGCUAGGCUGACAAUAGGACGGUCGUACUGAGUGAAGACGUUCCCGCCAAUGCUUUUUGUGCAAGACACUGUUCAAGCAAUCCAACCAUAGGUUGAAUCUCGCACUGGGUCUUUCCGUGAGAAUCGCCGGCGUCGGGCCCGCUGACCUCUUCGGUUGAUAAUGAGAUGCAUCUUCUCUACAAAUGAAAAUAUGCAUGUACAUUGUUAUCGCGGUUAUUAUCAGAUCAAUAUGCCGCGCUAUAUCCCUUACACGAUAUAUUGGUAUGGCAGAAAAAGGUUGUUUCUCAUUUCUUUAGUUUUUAGUUAAAAGUCGAGAGGUGAAAACCGAAGAAAUGGAAAUCGGCUCCUUUCUCUCGAGACGUGGGCUCGGUGAAUUUACAUUAUUAACUUGGCUCUCCUCGAUUUCAUAUCCUUCUGUCGUUUCCAAGCAUCGAACGCCUGGGCGUUCAUGACACGCCUUUCCUCGAUUUCUCUCUGCAACAUGUCCAUUUGAUGAAUCGUCUGUAGUCGUUUAACGAGCGUCUCUGUUCUCUGUUGAGUCUCUUUGUCCCUCAAGAUCCGAGCGUACGCCUGGACAGAGAGAAAGGAGAGAGGCGUUUGGACAAAUUGCACUGAACGACGAAAAUAACAAACAGAAUGUACUCGCUUCUUGAGACACCUUCUUGCGUUCAAUUUCACAUAUUUUCUCCCGUAAUUCCUGUUGUUUUCUCUUUUCCGCUUCUUUCAGCAGUCCCCUGUAAAUCAGAUUCUUCCCCUGUUUCCAGGUAUCAAAGGACAAUCUUCUUCUCAGCUGUUUAGCCAGUUCUCUGAAUGACAUACAUUUUUAAUGACAGAUUAAAAAACUAAAUUUUGCACCUCACACGUGCAAUGUUCUCAAUUCUGUAAAAUUCGCAGAUUUCUCUUAUGUAUGCGCAAUAACCCGUCAUCAUGCUUCUUGACUGGAAUCUCCAUAGUAUUCUCCAGCUUUUUCUUCAUUUUCGCUGCCUGCGCCGGGUUGUUCCAAACUUGGAUUACUUCCAGAAUAGGCGCGACGCUGCCGCUAACCGCGCGUUGUUCGGUGACCUUGGAGCCCUCGCGAAUCUCUUCAGUGUGGUCGUCACCAGCAUUCGUCUGCGUGCAACGAGAGUUAAAUCACGACAUGGUUUCGUUUUUAUAAUAUAAAUACACCGAAACGCAAUUAAAUAAAACAGAUGGGAGACGAUGUUACCUCGGUCGGCUCGUUGCAAAUGACCGCGGUGUCUUCAUCAUUAGCCUCAUCACGAUCGAUUGUGAUGUUAUAUAAAUCUCGCUUCGACGACAGUCCGAUCUCGUUUGUCGAACUGUCUCCACUCGAUGUGUUGCUCGUCAAAUCGCCCGAGGAACACAUCCCCUGCGGAUACAUCGCUCUUCAGUCUUACUUUCAGCAAUAUUCUCGCGUGAAUUUCCUUCAAGGUCCAACCUGGUCGAUCUCUCCUCCUCGUGCAUCUUCUUCCCUUUCGUUUCUCACGCCGCUGCUCGUGCUUCCCAUCUUCGUCAUCUUCUCGAGGUACCACUCGUAGAGAGUCUGGUCUAACAUCGCCAUGUGGCCUAAGCAACAGCGUCGUUUUUAACCACCAUACCGAAUUACGCGAGAGACAUACAAAAUCAACUCACUGGAAUUGCCGAGUGCCGCGUUAAAUAUCCGCUUCAGGGUAUCUCUCAGGCUCUCAACGGAAGCGCUUCUUUGUCGCAUCAUUGACGAGGACUCGACGGGCUCGCGACAGUGUUUGUAUGUAUAAUUAUUUGUGUCUCGCGAGGAGAUCUGUACGAUGUGCAUAAAGUACUACGAAUUUAAUCGAGAUCCCAACUUAAUGUUAAUUUGACACCUUGCGCUUUUUGGUAACUUUCAUAUGUUUCUUUUUUCUUCGAUGCAUAUACAGCAUAACCGUUUUCUUUCGAUUGGCUGUAAGCCAAGUAAAAUAAUCGUGGAGUGAUUAUUAUAUUAUAUGUGUAUAGUCUCGAUACAUUUCAUGUGCAUACCGAUACGCAUAUGUAUAUUAAUACACGUGAUACAUGUAAUA